GUGGAAGCUUCAUUGAACAAGGGCUACCUUAUGUUCAUCCCGUCCAGUAUUAUGGACUGUCGCCAACUCAUCAUCCAAUUGCUGAAUGUGACUUGUGGGCGGGAGGACCUGACUGGAUCUCAUGACAUCAACCAGAGGGAUGAGGGAUACCUUCUCAUGGUUAACUGUAGUGGGGGAACUGAACAUAGGGAGGAGUGUCCCUUGUGGACAGGGGAGACAAUCAAAGUGGAGCCUACAGCAGACACAGCAAUUGCUCUCUCACAUAUUGAGGUUGAUGGCCUCCUGUUAGUUGUGAUCCAUUCCUCUCACCUAAUGACACAGAGGAAAGAAUUUGAGCAGCUGAUGGGGAAAUCUGUAGCUCUGGUCAACGAGCAGACAUCCUGUCACCAAGCCAUUGCAGAAUCUCUGGGUGAACUCAAGGAGGCCGCAGAGCAGCUUCAGGAGAAGGUGGUGGCUGCCAUUAAGGAGGUGGACACCAAACUCAACUUUGAUGACAUUGCCAAACUUGAGGACAACGAGAGAAAUCACCUUUUGAAUCUCUACAGAGAAACCAUGCUCAAGGGAUACAACUUUGGUUUUGAAUACCUGAGGGAGGUGACUCGUCUGGUUACAGGAGAGCCACGACAAAACUUAGGACGACGGCUAGUCAACUUUGCUCAGGACUGGAUGAACUUUGUGAUGGAGAAAUGUGAACGUGGCAGAGGCAUGAGACCCAAGUAA